AGUGUUUCCGCUACACCCAUGUCACAUGACAGAGGUGACAAGGCAAACCCGCUGCUGCUAGCACUGGUUAGCAAGUUUGUUGACUUUCGCAUUUUUUCGUUGUUCCCUUUAAAAUCAGAGCAGUGACACUAAAAUGGACAAUAGCGGGAAAGAAAAGGAAGCGACGGCCUUAAUGGCGGAAGCCGACAAGAAAGUAAAAUCAUCGCAGUCGUUUUUCGGUGCGAUGUUUGGGGGUUCCUCCAAGUUGGAAGAGGCAUGUGACAUGUACGUGAGGGCUGCCAACAUGUACAAGAUGGCCAAAAACUGGUGUGCUGCAGGAAAUGCGUUCUCCCAAGCAGCUCGUCUUCACCUGCAGAUGCAGAGCAAACACGACGCGGCGACUAACUUCAUAGACGCCGGAAACGCCUUCAAAAAAGCAGAUCCGCAAGAGGCCAUAAACUGCCUAAACCGAGCUAUUGAGAUAUACACAGAUAUGGGGCGUUUCACCAUCGCAGCCAAACAUCACAUCACCAUCGCUGAAAUAUAUGAGACAGAGCUGGUGGACAUUGAUAAGGCCAUUGCUCAUUAUGAACAGGCAGCAGAUUACUACAAAGGUGAAGAAUCCACCAGUUCAGCAAACAAGUGCCUUCUGAAGGUUGCGACCUACGCGGCUCAGCUGGAGGACUACACAAAAGCUAUUGAUAUCUAUGAACAGGUUGGAACCCACGCAAUGGACAGCACGCUGCUGAAAUACAGUGCCAAGGAUCACUUCUUCAAAGCGGCACUUUGUCACUUCUGUGUGGACAUGCUGAACGCAAAACUCGCUGUGCAGAAGUACGAAGAAAUGUUUCCGGCUUUCUCGGAUUCUCGAGAAUGCAAAUUGUUGAAGAAACUUCUAGAUGCCUAUGAAGAACAGAAUGUGGAUGCCUACACUGAUUCGGUGAAGGAAUAUGACACCAUUUCACGGUUGGACCAGUGGCUCACCACCAUGCUUCUCCGCAUCAAGAAAAGCAUACAGGACGAGGAGAGCGACCUCCGCUGACUCUCCUCGCUGCUCCUUCUCAAGCCCUCGACGACCGACUCGCAUCCCUCUUUUUCGCCUCGAUCCUCUCACUUCCAUUCAAAUCUUAAUGUUUUGAACCUUUAUAUUCCUUCACAAAUACUCGUUUCUUUCCUACCAUCUGCAGUAUUUUUUUUUUUUCUUGCCUUUUUAAUCUGCUCUUUUGACAACUUAAUGCUCCAAAAAAAUUAUGGUCUUUUUAGGUAUGAACACUAUUUUCCUGAGUGUACACUGCACACAGUAUGUUAGUUGUACAUUGUUACAAUACAGGUAUUGGCCUAAUAUUGGUUAAAAUAUUAAUAAUUGGGCUGCAAUACCAAAUACUUAUACCAGCACAGGACUAUGAUAAACUUUUUAUUUUUCUUCUUAUUAAAUGGAGGAGGGAACGCCAAUUUACUAAGGCUUUGAUCUACAAAAUAUAUUUUACAGAACGUGCUUUGGGAUUAAACUGACCAAAAUGCCAGUAUCAACACGUACAAUAAAGCACACACUUAGGUUUUUGGUACUUUUGAGGGCUCAGUAUACUGUUGGUCAUAUCAGGGCACCUCUAAUUAAACUGCACUUCAUCUCAGCUGAACAGCUCCUCUCCAAGCAGAGAGGCCAAGAGUUUUAUUCCACGGCAAAUAAGCCCCCCCCCCCCCCUUUUGCCUUACUUACUGCUAAAUUCUCAGGACGUGAACAGCUAGAUUUGAUGAAAGAAAAACAAAAACAAAAAAAAUAUCAUGCUUUUAGAAACGUUCUCAAUAAAUUCACUUUAUUGUUUUUUUUGUCACUUCCAUUUAAAGUGCUUUUAUUCCACAAAAUAUGAGGUGAAAUAAGCGUCACCUUUGUGAACAUUUGCAUGGUUUGGUAUGGAUGAGAAAACUAGAGCAGCAGUUUUCCUCUCUAUAGGAGCUAUUUCUCAAGUUUUUUUUUUUUUUUUUUUUUGAUUGUAUGAUAUGUGUUCUUUUUCUGUCAUAACUAACCAGGCUGAAAAAAAAAUGUGUGUUUUUUUUUUUUUAAAUGCCUGCACAAGAUGCAAUACAUUGAAGAAAAAAGGAGCUUUACUGAUCUGAACACUGUGCUCACCCUCCUGAUGAUUUUGUCAAUAGACAAAUGGUCUUAAAUAAUUUGUACAUCAGUGAUGUUUCCUGUCAAACGUUUGAAUAAACCUGUCUUACAGCA